AACGUCACAUGACAUUUUCAGCUGGUGGUGAAUUUAAAUCGCCGUAAAAACAAGUUUGACGCACUGCUCUGACCUCUGUUAUUGAAAAGUUCCCAGGCAUAUUUCUUCAGGAGUCGAGAGGAGAUGGCUCAGAUGAUGAAUGGCAAUACACGGGACAACACCACUGGCAACUUGACCAGUCUGGCAAGAUUUCACAGCAUGACAGACCACACAGAGUGCAUGUCUGAGCUUGCACGACAUGGCAACAAACCCUGUGAAUGGCUCGCCUACCUCUCCCUGGUGGAGUCUCAUACGGUACACGCAGAGGAGACCAGUCGCUACCGAUUCCUGAGCCUGGCCUUCAACCGUGCCACCAAACAGAUCCCCAUUGACAAGUACUGUGAAGACCCGGCGUACGCCAGGAUCAUCAUCAAGCUUGCUCACCUCAAAGCAACCCAUGAUGUGGAUGACGGACGCAUGAUGUUCAAGUUUGCCAGGGCCAACGUCCGGAAGCAGGCCAUUGUGCAUUUGGAGGCAGCAAAAUUUGAAGAAAUUCAUGGUGACAUGAAGAAGUGUUUGGGCAUCUUGGAGAAAGGUUUCAAAGUGACCUCUGAUCCCCGACUCUCGGAGGCCCUCCAUCGGGUCAAGAACGGACUUCCCAUUCUCCUAGACUCACAAGAACCAAUGGAGUCACAAGAUGGACCACAAACUAUGAGUGCAGCACCAGCCCCUGUACAGCCUUCUCACAAUGCAUCAGAAGAGAAGAUAUCCCCCCAUGUGCCUAGUUCCAUGGAGUAUGUUGACACCACUAUUAGUUUCAGGAGACCUGAGGUUGGGUCAAGAAUAUCUUCCCACCCAAAGUGUGAUAGUGAUCAUGAAAGUGACACAAUGCCCAUUAAUGCCGGAUCAAGGUUUUCAGGAUUACAGACUCCCGACGUCGCCAACAAGUUUGGCGUCUUUGGAAGUAGCAGACGCAAAAGAAGUGGUAACAUUGGUAUGCCGAUGAGAGUCAGUAGGACCAGUCUGCCUCAGCUCAAGAAGGAAUCCAAGGAUGAUGACGACGACGAUGAUGACGACGAUGAUGAUGACGAUGACAUCAGACCACUGAAGUGCAGCCCCCAGGAGACAAAGCCUGGACCUCUAGCACCGAUCACGGAGAAGACCAACGAAAGCGAUUCGGGCGUCCAGACGACACCUAGGGAUCUCACCCAGACGGACAGGAAUCCUUUUACCUUCAAAGAGAGGACCAUUGAGAUGGGGGCAGAAUCGACUGUGCCGGGCCAAUUGGCCAACUCGAUGCAGAGACAUGACCCUCUAAUGUCAGUUCAACAAAUGGCUCAUCCUCAGAUGCCAGUACAACCACAAUGGCAACAACAGCAACCACAACAUUCAGUGCCACAAAUGAGCAUGCCACAUGUAGAUGUACAACGAAUGCAACCUCUUCAGCAACAGCUUUUCCAGCAGCCUACCCCUGCUGGCAUGCAACCCAACUAUCAAUUACCUGCACCACAGAUGGUGGCCCCCGUCCCUCAACCCAAGUCUAAGAACUUGAUACAGGUGAAUGGCAAGGGAUACUCCAUCAUUAGACUCAUCGGUAAAGGUGGCUCAUCCAAGGUUUUCCAGGUUCUCAGUGAAGACAGUAAGAAGCUGUGGGCUUUGAAGUACGUGAAGCUGGACUUUGCUGAUGAGAUGGCCAUGCAGAGUUACAUGAAUGAAAUCACUCUACUAGCGAGACUCAAAACAUUCAAAAGGAUCAUCCACCUCCAUGACUAUGAGCUCACAGAGGACUACAUCUACCUUGUAAUGGAAUGCGGUUCCAUUGACCUGGCUACAUUCCUCAAGAAGAAUAAAGACAACCUCUCCCCUCAUCACAUGUGGUGCUACUGGCAGGAGAUGCUGGAAGCUGUCGAUGUCAUUCAUAAAGAAGGCAUCGUACACAGUGAUCUGAAACCGGCCAACUUCAUCUUUGUGGAGGCCAGUCUGAAGCUGAUUGACUUUGGGAUCGCCAACGCCAUCCAGAAUGACCACACCAGCGUGGUCAAGGAGUCUCAGGUCGGGACACUCAAUUACAUGUCUCCCGAGGCCAUUCAAGACACCUCUCCGGUCAAUGAGGUCAACGAGUACGGACACAAGAAACCUAGACUCAAGAUCAACUGCAAGAGUGAUGUGUGGUCUUUGGGCUGCAUCCUCUACUCCAUGGUGUACGGCCGCACACCGUUCCAGCACAUUGUGCACCGGCUGCUCAAGAUGCAAGCCAUCUGCAACCCUGACCAUUUCAUCGACUUCCAACCGAUUGAAAAUGAACUCCUCCUCGAUGUGAUGAAAAAAUGCCUAACAAGAGAUGUGAAGAGGAGGCCGUCAAUAGAGGAGCUACUCAACCAUCCUUAUGUGAAGAAACCGUUCCCUGCAGCGGAGAAGUCCACAGCAAGCCUCACCACAGAGCACAUAAGUGCCCUAGUCUCCCAGCUCAGUCAGAGUCAGAUUAACUCACCAAGGAGUAUAGCCAGACUUGCACAGGGUGUGGUGGAACAGAUCAGUAGAGGGCAGCAGAUAGACAUAUCCAGUGCAGUGAAGGGCAAUGCUCAACAGCAGCAGAUUCCACAAGCUCCAUCACAAUACCAGUACCCCCAUCAGCCACACCCUCAACCCCACGCCCACCAGCACCAGCACCAGCAGGGGCAGUUAUCGGGUCAUGAUGGGGGCUACCGGUCCCAGCAGCGCGCCCCUCUGAGGGUCAUCAACUCCUCAGACAUGGCCUCGCAUCACUCGCUUCUCAAGCCUCUCUCUCUAGCACCCAAGUACGACAUCAGUUCUAGUCAAGAAAAUGGACAGAUGAACACCUGAAUAUAUGCAGCUCUUUCCAUGACAAGAUUACAGAAUGAGCUUUGAUCACUGCCUGCAGGAGCAGAAGAUAUUUGUGAAGGUUGCAGGAACUCUAGAGCUGCUAUACCAAAGGAGACGAUUGAUUGCUGAAGCGGGACAGAAUGACAAAGAGAAGAAAUAAUGUAGGCCUACUGUAUCAUGUGCAAAAUCAAUUGAAAAUAUACCAGGGGUGUGUUUCACAAAGAUCCUAAGUCGAACUUAACUCUAAGAUGGACU